GAAGAACUCUGCCGUAAAGCUCUCCGUGACAACACGCUGACGUCCCGGCGAAGUCCGUUGUACGUUGAUGUCUACGGCCACUACACGCGCUGACGAUAGUGAGGUUGUCACUUAAAGUGCUUAUAUAUUUAGUGACAAAAUGAGCACCCAGGCUCUGCUGGUUCUGUACGGGAGUCAGACGGGAACAGCCCAGGACACAGCAGAGCGGAUCGGCCGCCAGGCGCAGAGGAGACGAAUACGAGUCCGAGUGGAAGCUCUGGACAGUUACAAUGUGGCGAACCUGAUCUCAGAGUCUCUGGUAGUGUUUGUCUGUGCCACCACAGGACAGGGGGACCCUCCGGACAAUAUGAAGAAAUUCUGGAGAUUCCUGUUCAGGAAGUCUUUGCCUGCUGAUUCUCUUUGUCGUCUUGACUGUUCUGUGCUGGGCCUCGGAGACUCCUCGUAUCCGAAGUUCAACUUUGUUGCUAAGAAGCUCCAUAAACGUUUGCUUCAGCUUGGUGCUAAUAUGCUGCUGCCUGUUGGACUGGCUGAUGAUCAGCAUGAUCUGGGGCCAGAUGGUGUGAUUGACCCCUGGUUGAUAUCGUUCUGGCAGAAAACCCUGUCUCUCUACCCUCCUCCAGCUGGCCUCGCUCCACUCCGUGAAGACGAAAAACUUCCACCCCGAUACGUUUUCCACUUUCUAGAUAAAGUCCCAGACAAGUGGACCGACCUCCAGACCGCCGAUAAUAAGGACCCUCCCACCCCGCUGCAGCCUUUUCCGGCUCGAGUUGUGUUCAGUCAAAGAGUGACUCAUCCUUCACACUUCCAGGAUGUCAGGCACAUCGAGUUCGACAUCACCGGCUCCAACAUACAGUACAGUGCAGGAGAUAUUGUAAUGAUGAGACCCUGUAACGCUGCAGAGGAUGUGGAGCAGUUCUGCCAGCUGCUGAAACUUGACCUGGAGAGCUACUUUACACUAACACCAACUGACAGCAGCACAGUAGUCCCUGCGCGUCUUCCUCAGCCCUGCUCCGUUCGCUUUUUGGUGGAACAGUUCCUGGACAUUUCUGCUGUUCCACGCCGUUCCUUCUUUGAGGUGUUGGCCACUUUUGCCACUAAUGAGCUGGAGCGUGAUAAACUUUUGGAGUUCAGUUCUGCUCAGGGUCAGGACGCUCUUCACUCCUACUGCAACCGACCCCGUCGAACGGCCCUGGAGGUGCUGGCAGACUUCCCUCAUACCACAGCCGAAUUGAGCAUUGACUACUUGUUGGAUCUUUUCCCAGAAAUUCAGCCUCGCUCCUUCUCUAUUGCCUCUUCUCUCUUGCAACACCCUGACCGCAUCCAGAUCCUGGUUGCUGUGGUGAAAUAUAAAAGCAUGCUAUUUAAGCCACGCAAAGGCCUCUGCUCUUCAUGGCUGGCAUCUCUGGACCCUUUUAAAAAUGUUUAUGUACCGCUGUGGGUGAAGAAGGGGAGUUUGAGUUUCCCUCAGGACCCCGACACCCCCGUUAUAAUGGUGGGACCAGGGACUGGUGUGGCUCCCUUCAGAUCUGCCAUACAGGAGAGGGCUGCUCAGGGAAAGAUGGCAAAUAUGCUUUUCUUUGGCUGUCGAUCUGAAUCAAAGGACUUCUACUGUCGAUCAGAAUGGGAGGAGAAAGUGCAGGCUGGUCAGAUGAUACUUGUCACAGCCUUCUCCAGAGAUCAGGAUGAAAAAAUCUAUGUUCAGCAUCGUGUAAAGGAACAAAGCAAACUUUUAUGGGAUCUGAUAGCGAAGAAGAAUGCAUUCUUUUACAUAGCAGGGAAUGCCAAGCAGAUGCCCACAAGUGUGUGCGACGCACUGAAAGAAGUGUUCCAGAAAGAGGGUGGCAUGUCUGAGAACCAGGCACAGGAGAUGCUGGAUGCCAUGGAGAGAGCCAAACGCUUUCAAAGUGAAACCUGGUCCUGAUCUCUAUAUUAAACACAUAGCCUUAAUAACCAACCGCCUCAUGUGCGAAAAUGAGUUUGGACCGAGAUUAAAUGGUGUGAAGACCUGUUCACACCAAGAACGAAACACCAGAGGAUGAUAUUGUCUAUUUUAAGCGCAUGUUACAGCAACAUUGAUUCUGAUUUGCUGUGUGUUUCAACGAUAUUGGUUCUGGUGUGAAUGCUGCUAUUCAAUCAAAACUGAUUUUUAGCGCUAUAUAUCGUCCUUGGUGGGAACGGGCCCUUUAAAGUUGUGGUCCAACCAUUUGCUUCUCCCUAAAUGUUCCCCACUGCCUUUGACCAUGCAGCUGGGACUUGCUACUGAAAUUAAUAUGAACACACAAAUGCGAACCAGUCCGCGACAGGCAUUUGCUGUAUAAAGCGAUAAAGACCUGAAACCAAAGCUGUAAAUAAUUUUUUUUUUUCAUUAAAUAAACAUUGAAAAUGUCCA